GCUCGGGAGCUUCCUGACAGACGUGCGCCUGGAUUUGAACAAGCGAGCCGCGGCAGCGUGAGAGCUUCAAGCUGUAAACGGCUCUGGAAAAAGAGGGUGAGACAGCGGGCGGCGCUGAUGGAGGCGAGUCCGGCCGUGGUGCUGACCUUCAUGAUGGGGGUGGGAUUCUCAUCAGUUUUCUCGUCUCCGUCAUCCAAGGCCUCCAUGCAGCUCCCGAAGUUAGUCGACUGCGUGUUUUUUGAGCGCACAAAUGUCACCUGCCGCUGGAAGCAUGAAGCCGACUCAAAGACAAAAAAUUACACGCUGGAGAUCUGGGAUGCGGCAUGGGGGAAGAAACGACCUGACAUCAUCAUAUCGAACUGUACUGCGAACAUCACUGAGUGCACUAUGAAGAUGGAAUACAGAACCUCCAGACACGAGUACUGCAUUAUGGUCACAGCCCACAUGGACGGUCACAAUAUUUCAUCUGAGCCCCGAUGUCGGCCUGGGAGGGAAGAAGUGAAACUGCCCUCUCCGGUUUUGAAGUGCAUCAAGCCUGUCCCUGGGUCGUCUCAGUGUCUCGGCUUGGAGUGGGUCAAACCUGAGGAAGAUGAAUUUCCACUGGCAGCGAGUGACAUCCAAUCUGGGUUACUGAAUUCCCAGAUUGAGUUCGGAGCCAAAGGGGAACACCAUGAUAAAGUGACAAACGUGAGCGUGACCGGUUUCUGGUUUAAGGUCUGCGGUUUCAGACCGAAUACCUCUUACAGCAUCAGACUUCGACAUCGCUUCAAGAGUGAAGCGAGCCCAUGGAGCGAGUGGAGCAAGCCUCUUGACGGACGGACAGGAGAGGCUGCUCCAUCCGCUGCUCCGGUGGUCUGGAGGCGACUGAGAGAAAGUCCUCACAGUGGGCUGAGACGCGUCUCCCUGCUUUGGAAGCCUCUGCCACCGGCCAGCGGCAGAGUUCUCUUCUACAACGUGACUUGUCAGACAGAAAAAGAUGGAGUCCUGAACAACCUUAACGGAUGCAAACAUUUGGACGCGACAAAAACAUCCUGCAGCGUACAUCUCCCCGCCGAUCGCUGCUCCUGCAGCCUGACGGCCUCCACCUUCGGGGGGGCUUCACCAGAAGCCCGACUGUGGAUCCCCGAAUCCUCCAAACAAGUUGCCAUUUCGUGGCUCCCCUCCUCAGCGCCGAGCAGCGUCGGCGUGAGUCAGCUGAGCGACAGCAGCGUGGAAGUUGGCUGGACGCCUCCGGUCGGCCCGUCGGUGAGCGGCUUCGUGGUGGAGUGGUUCGCCGUCGGAGAAAACGGCAGCGGCGUCGUGCACUGGGAAAAAGUCGGUCAGUCCAGCAGAAGUCUGGUCAUCACAGAGGGAUUAACGCCAGAGGUGUGUUACGCCGUUUCGGUCCGAGUGCUGUAUGAAGAAAAACAGAUCGCAGGGGAAAACAGGACUCAGUUUUUUUACACGCGAGAAGGAGCGCCCUCUGCUGGCCCCAAGCUGACAUGCAGCUCGCCCUCCGACCACACGGUGGAACUCCGCUGGCAGCCUCUUCCUGUGCAUCGGCUUUGUGGCUUUCUUCAAAACUACACCCUGUACAUCACAGAAUCUGGUGAACCGUGGAGGAAUCUCACUCUGGACCGCGGUUCUGACCACUACACUCGGGAGAAGCUGCCACCUGGAAACUACCAGUUUUCUUUAGGGGCGAACACUGGCGGCCGCUUUGGACGUGCAGGGGACGUUUGUAGUUUCAGCAUAGCCGCUGAGGCCCCGCUGGUGGAGUACGUCCUGCUUUCAGUCAUUCUGACUUCGGUGCUGCUGGUGUUGAUGGUCGUCCUGGCACGCAUUAAGAUCAUGAACGACAAGCUGUCUAAAGCCAUCCCCGAUCCAUCAAACAGCUCUGUGUCCCACUGGAUCCCUAAAACUGACUUGGAGAGGCCGAAGCAGGUUGCAUUACCAGACAAACCCGAGGUCAGCUUUCCUGAGGUCCUGCUGCUCGGUGAGCUGGAGGCCUCGGAUCGGGACCAGGACCAAAGCUAUCGGAGCAUCAGCAGCGUCCGGACGCCUUUGCAAAAGCAGCCCUCGCCGCUGCACGUUGACACGCCCGAGAGCGUGCUGUUACUCAGGAACUUGAGCGAAGCCAAGACGUCCUCCAUCCCAAACCUCUCCGCUCGUCCCUUCGUCUUACCCGACAUCCUUUUUUCUCACCCUCCUAAAACUCUGCCUUUCAUGCCCGCCUUCGGUCCUGGGUCCGGCGACUGGCAGCGCAGCGCUCACAGCGUUGGAGAUGCGAAGCAGCCGCCAGGCGGCGCCGAGUCGUCCGACCUCCCUCCAGCAGACGUCUUCUGUCCUCCGCUCAAACAGCACCAGAGUCUCUGCUCCUUAUCUGACCUCAGCGGUACGUCUCAUUCCUCCUCCUCCCAGCAAGCGGAGGCCAAACAACCCGUUUCUCAAAGCGCCUUUAACUCAUUCCCGUCGCUCCAGUGCGCCUUCACGGCUCCUAACCCUUUCACUGCGGCGCUUCCACCUUUCUCUCAGUCUAUGUUUGUGGAUCCUUCCUACUGUCCGUUACAGUGUGACCCUUACAUCCCCUCUGAUGCUUAAACACUGUGUCUGCAUCAGCAUCAGAGUUAUGAUAAAACCCGUUUUUGUUUUAUUGUGUCUGUUGUAAUCAAUCUGAGCCAGUUUGUUCAUUCUGCGCGCUUUGAUGCUUCCGACGUGCUUCUCCAUCAACGUCUUUGUGAAUAGACUUUAUGAACCGACACUCGCUCAGUUAAUUCCUUAUUUUGUCUCAUCAAACGCCAGAAAAACAAUGUUUACUACUUCUUCCCUGCAGAGGUGUUUGUAUUCCCGUAUAGAUAUCUGUACUGGACUUUAUAUUUUGUUGUCUCGGCCUCUUUCAAGAUGAUUGAGAGUUAGCUGAAGAAUUAAAGCAGUUUUGUGGUCACAGUCAUCCACACUGAUGCUUCAGAAAUUGACGGAUUUUAACGCAUCAAGUUUAAGAUGAUCAAAUUACAUCAAUAAUAACUGAAUGCCGAGACUUCCUGGUUUAUCAUGUCUGAACAGGUCAUUGGCUGUUUUUAUAUUUUGAUGAUUUAGCUUUGAAUCUGGGAUACAAGUUGAGUCGUGAUCUCUGUCAUGCUUAAUGAUAAAGCUGCUGUGUUUACAGUAAGUGUGGGAAUGUGUGUGUGUGUGUGUGUGUGUGCGUGUGCGUGUGCGUGCGUGCGUGCGCGCGUUCGCAUGUAUUUGAACGUGACCCCACACAUUGCUACCGAGAUGCCUUCGAAAAGGUGUGGUGCAUAAUAAAGUUAGAUUAAAGUACAUUAAAGAAGUCCUAUUGGUACAUUUCUUUUUAACAAUGCCCAUUUUAAAACAAUUCUUAUUUUCACACCAAUAUUUGCUCUUCAACUUGUGAAGUUAAAGCUGUGAAUGUUUCAUAGGUAAUGUGAACUAAUGGCGGCCAAAUUCUGAUAGGAAGA